UUGGAGAAGCAACAGUUUCACAAAGUUUGCCGAUUUAAAUGAACCAAAUUUUCAAUUGUAACCAGUGAAAGUAACAAUGAAUAACUAACAACAUAGUAACACAUUAACAGUUGAUUAAGGCAGUUAAAAGACUGAAAAGAUGAUUUAUCAACAACUCAUCAUCUCCAUUGGUUUACUGUGUUGUUGCCAUUUGACUACAAGUGAAACCAACAAAUUUAUUGAACCACAGGAAAAUCAUGGAAACCAAAAGGAUAUUAAUGUUCUAGUCAACAAUUUGUCUCAUUUAAGGGAACCAGCUUUACCUUCCUCAACAAAUCAUCUAAAGGAUUGUAAUCAUCGCAGCAAAAGGUCAACUUUGUCAAAUUUAGGAACGGCUCGUGAAUCUGAAAGAUUUACUGCUUUCUCGUUAUUACCUUCAGCUGCUAAUCGUUCAGUGUUCAUUUGUCCCGAAAAAUUUGGCUAUUUUCCAGAUAAACGUGAUUGUACCAAAUAUUUUGUCUGUGUUUUCGGGGAACCUUUACAUGAAAGUUGCACCGGUGGUUUGUAUUUUUCCGCUGAACUUCAGACAUGUGAUUGGCCUCGGAAUGUCCAAUGUCCAAAUGAGAAGAAAAAUUAUGAAAAGUCAGUUUUCAGCACUGUUGAUAUUGGCUCAGGAGACGAUGGUUUUGACUAUGACGUACGUCAAUCAACAAAUAGCCAAAAUAACAACAAUAAAAGGCCUAACACAGUCAAAGAGGAACCAAGCGAUGAGGAUGAAAAGGACAGGCCCAAUGGAAUUAACGCAAAUUACAAUAAAAUAAUCAUCAGAACCAAUAAUUCAUCAUUUGUUCGUCCAAUUGAACACUAUGUAGUUGAUAAAGAGAUACCUGAUUACACUCUAGUAGAUGAUCAACCAGUUGGCACAGUCACUGACAAAAACAAUAGCAACAGAUCAUCACCACCACAAGCUUCAUUUAUACCUUCCCCUCCACCUUCAACACCGCUUGAUGGAGGGCAGCGCAACAGUAUCAACUUUGAAGCUCACUCACAACCUGCAGUAUCAAAAGCUCCAGAAAUUGAUUAUUUAACCGAUGGCUUACCCUUACCAAGUCCAAAACCGAUUCCUCGACCUGCUACCAUUUACUCAUCUGCAGAGUCAGACGAUAAUUCUGGUAAACCUUUUAUCGAAUCAUCUAGACCUCGUGAGAAUCAAAACAGAUACUCAGAAAAUCAUGGAAAUAAAAUUAAUCUUGAGUUUGAUCCACAAGCGCCAAAUUAUGCUGAAGCAAUUCCUCCGGUUGUUGAUAGUAAAGGAGGAAUUCAUUUUUCUGAUGGUGUUGGUGGUACCUUUGGAAUCGUUGAUCAACUUCCUGGUCUAUUAAGCCAAAGUGUUUCCGAUCACAGUUUAAACGUUUUCAUUAAACCUCUAUCGUCUGACUCAAUCAAAAGUGGCAGAUCUCGUGAAGCACGUUUACUCAAAGAUAAUAUUGAACCUGGCUACGAAUAUAUUCCUAUUAUAACGCCUGAGAAGUCUAAUUUUCGGAGCAAUAAUCCAUUUUUACCUCCAAACAACUAUGAUGAGUCUUUUCAUUCAACAUCUAAAAGCAGUGGUUCUCGAGGUAGAUCAGCUUCGAGGCCAAAUGAACAGCCAACUGGUAACCUUCUUGCAGCUGUUGGAUCAAAAAUGAAAUCUAGCGAUCCAGAAGAUGAUUUCAAAAUCAAUGAAAAUGUGACCAGAACAUUAUCAAAUAAUUCGGAGAAAUCUAUUCCUGAAAAUAUGGCUCACAAACCGACGAACCUUGAGUCCAACAGCCAGUUGCUUCGUAAGGAUGGCAAUGAAGAGUUUAUAUUAGUACCUUUCAACAUUAACGAGGGUCGUCGAAGGCACCGUGGAAGGGUUCGUGUUGUCCCUAAAAUUGUUCCGAAAAAUAAAUUGCAUCAGGUUAAAAUGAUGAAUAAAAAUUUUAAAAUGUUACCAAAUUUUAUUGAAGCAAAAACUGAUGGUUCAGUUGUCGUUCGUGCCAAACCCAUUGGAUUCAAUGAAAAUUUACCAUCUUUGUCUUCAAAUUCAGUUUCUUCUCCCUCAUCGAGGCAACCUGAAUCAAAAGAUUUUUCAUUUGACAAAUCUUCAUCAUUACCAUUUCGCUCAUCCAUACCUGCUUCACCACCAAAGAAUCAACCACCAAUUUCAUCAUCACUGACUAGAGAAACCAAUUUAAUGUCAUUUCCAUUGCCGCCUACCGAAUCUAAUAAUGCAGCAUACAAUGUCCAAUGGAAUAAAGGAACAAUAGAGUUUCCAGAUUCUGAUUCAAAUAGAGCAAAUUUUAUCGCUUCUCUAAUAUCAAAUGAUAAAGCUAUUAUAAAUCUUGAUAAUAACCAUCUAACCUCUAAUAACGGACUAUCAGAUGACCGAUCUACUUCAACCAGUAGUGAUCCCAAAAAGGACCAGGUAAACAAUGAGCGUCCUGUAAUUACAAGUACCUCAAUUGGUAUCAGUUCAUCCACCACAACUACAACUACUUCAACGACUCCUUCUCCAAUCUCAAUGGCCCCCAUUCCUUCAAAUACACCAUUUAUUGGUAAAAUAUUGCGAACCUUAAGACCUCAAACAAUUUACUCAGAACCAGUUAAAAUAAUUACUAAUUCACUGGUAACUGGAAAACCUGAGAAGCGUGUUGUCACCAAUCCACGACUCAAGGUGGAGGAUGAGCUCACUUGGCCUGACGACGGUUUCUUGUCAAUUAACAAAGAAGCACCAAAUUCUAGACUAGUUAAUGGGUUGAAAGAUUCUAGAGUUUUACCCACAACCCGUCAACAAUCGACACCCAGUUUGCCUGCAACUAAAGACUCAUUACAAACAACUUCCCCAGUCGUCACGCCUGCAACUGCAUCUAAUCUCGAUUCAACCACAACACCAUUACCUUCACCCUCACUACCGCCAUCUCCUCAAUCGCCAUUAUCUUCAUUCUCAUCAAUUCCUAUUGACGGAACUACUGGUAUAACACUUGGGCCGAAAACAAGAGGUCCAACAACUCGAAAAUCGCGACCAACAAAUAAACGUUUAGUUGUAAAACAACGAACCACCAUAGCACCUAAACCACCUUCUAGACCAGCACCCGUUUAUCCAACUCCAACUCCAUACACAACAGCAGUUAAAUGUGAUCCCAGGAAAUGCCUUCUUCCAGAUUGUAAUUGUGGAGGCCCUGCAAUUCCAGGCGGCCUUAAAAGAAAUGAAACACCACAAGUUGUGUUAUUAACGUUUGAUGAUGCUGUAAACGAUCUUAAUUGGGAAUUAUAUGAAGAGAUAUUCAAUAGUGGGCGAGUUAACCCAAAUGGAUGUCCAAUCUUAGGAACAUUUUAUGCUUCUCAUGAAUGGACAGAUUACGGGCAAGUUCAAACCCUCUACUCAAGAGGUCAUGAGUUUGCCUCACACACUGUAACUCACAGUUUUGGGGAAAAAUUUUCGAAAAGCCAGUGGCAUAAAGAGGUCAAUGGUCAAAGGGAAAUACUUCAUUUAUACGGAGGAGUUCGAUUGGAGGACAUCAGAGGAAUGAGAGCUCCAUUCUUACAGAUCGGUGGUAAUCGUAUGUUUGAAAUGCUUCACGAAGACAAUUUCACAUAUGACUCGUCAAUGCCAGUCUUUGAUAAUAGACCUCCAUUUUGGCCUUACACAUUGGAUUAUGCUCUUAAUCAUGAUUGUAUGAUUAGUCCAUGUCCUACUAAAUCAUUUCCCGGUGUUUGGGAAGUUGGCAUGGUAAUGUGGGAAGACCUGAAAGGUGGACGAUGUUCAAUGGCCGAUUCAUGUUCAAACCCCUCCGAUGAAGAAGGUGUCUUUGAGAUGUUGCUUAAAAAUUUCAACCGUCACUACACAACCAAUAAAGCUCCGUUCGGCUUGUUUUACCAUUCAGCCUGGUUCAAUACCAAUCACCACAGAAGAGGUUUCCUCAAGUUUGUGGACACUAUACUGGCCAAUAAAGAUGUUUAUAUUUUAACCAAUUGGCAGUUGAUUGAAUGGAUGAGGAAUCCGACUCCAUUGUCGUCCAUUAAAAGCUUUCAACCCUGGUCUUGUGAAAAUUUAUCCUCUGAAAGACCGGGUCCUUGUCAUCAUCCAAAUGUUUGCAAUGUACGCUAUCAGAGUGGCACUCGUUUCAUGAAAACAUGUCAACCUUGUCCAGAGCGAUAUCCAUGGGUUGGUGGGGCCAAUAAACAUUCAAACUGAAAGCCUGUUGAUUGCCAUUGAAUUAAUAUCGAUUAUUUUUGUCAACAUUUACCAAAUUGAAAUCUGUCGAUCAGUCAAUUUACAAUGUUUACUUGGUAACAUCAUGAGCUUUUUGCUUUACUUUUUUGGAUAACCAUUUCAAGAGACUUCUUGAGAUUUAUUUAUUAGCUCUAAUUUUAUAUCAAACACUUGCCAAUAGUAUUUAUCGUCAUAAUUAAUAUAUUACAAUAUAUUAAUUUACGAAUGGUUAAUUUGCCACAAAGUGUCACUUGUAAACCUUUCGGAUGCCAUUAAUUUUAUUCAAUUUUGGUCUAAUUUGAUUGGUUCCAUAUCAUUCUCAUCAAAUCAUCUUCAUUACCUUCAUCAUUUGCCAUCUUCAAUCACUCCAAAUCAAGUCAUCAACCCAUAAUCAUUACUAAAAGUCAAAAAAUUACCAAUCAUUUCAAAUCAUGCAGCAACUAUGUAACUCUUUAAAAUACUCAUCCAUGGAUUUCAAUUUUUCCCCAAAAGUUAUAUCACCAAUUGUUAAUGGCUAUUUAGCUUUCAAAUGAAUCACUGUUGAUCAAUUAGCAAUUUUUCCCAAUUUAACCAGAAAUUUCUUAUCCAUCAAAUCAACUGCCUCCAUACAAUAGCAUUACAGGCAAACCAGAAAAAUAUAUUUUUGUUAAACUUUUUUACUCUGUAAAUCAUUUAAUUUUUUGUACUUGUUUCUCGGUUCAUUUACAAAUCCAUUUUACAAGAUUUUAAUCAAUCACAUUAAUAUUAAACUAAAUUUCAACAUUCAGUACAAAUUGUUUGAUUUUUAUAGCCUUUGAUUCUGUAAGGUUGAACAUUGAAUAGCUGGCUUUCCAUAAUAAAAAUGACCAUCCAAGAUGAAAUGAUAUCAGCUAAAGGUAGACAAAAGAUUGAACAAGAAAAAUAAUCAAUAAGUUAACCAAUAAAUUUGGGUUUGACUAAUGGAAAGGUAAUAAAAUCAAUAAAUGAAAUCACGUUAAAAAUGAAAAAUAUAAGGUACAAUUGAAUUUUUAAUCAGAAAUUGUUUGUCUUUCAAUUCUAUGUUACAUUUAUUAAUUCGCUUUUGUUUGUCGCAAUUAUUAAAGUUAAACUGAGAUUUGGAUUGUCCAAGAUUGCAAUUUAGCAAUCAUAAAUCUACAUAAAUACUAUUUUAUCUUUUGUCAUUAAUCUCUUUCCGUAAUCUCACUUAAUCAAUCAGUAAAUCGGACUGGUAAUCGAUGGCAAACAGCCAUUUGGACGUUCAACUACCAACUAGUUUGAUUAUUGGAUAUUACAUUAAUUAACUUGAUUGUUAAAUUAUUGAAUAACAGAACAGAGAAGAAAACGAUAAUAAUAUCAAAAAAAAGAAAUGAAAUCGGAAAAGAGAUUGAAAUAACAUGAUAGUUUGUAAGAAAAAAGAAAAGGAAGAAACAACAGAAAAAUGAGUGGAAAAGAGGAAAACAUAAAUCAACACAAUUUAGUUCAAUGGGAAGUAAUUAGAGUUAAAUUGUAAAAUCUAACAUAGGAUUUUUGUAAACUAUGAUUAGUCGGUUUAAACUCUAAUUAAUUUUUGAUUAGAGAUUGUUUUUUGUUUUUCAGAUUGCUUUAGAUUGUUUGGGCUUGGCAAAAGGAAAGAAAAAUUGAGAUGAAAUUUUGGUAUUGACUCUCAAUGAUGAUCACUUGAUAUGAUGAUCCAAUUGAUUA